ACCCUAAUGAUUCACUGCGAGAGUCAGAGCCACCGGGCAAGGCCGUCGGACUGGUUUCUUGUUCGGGGGAAAGAGGGAGAGGGAUCCAUGUAGAUAAUAGACCUGAGAGUUUACACUUGCCAGAAUGCUCACCAGAGUGAAACUUUGGCUCUCAGACUUGCUAAUUUCCUCUUCUACCUACUCUCUGUGACAUGUUGCGAAAUCUAUUCACACCCUUUUUCUGAUUUGAAAAGGCUUUGUAAAUGUAUGCUCAGCCUCAGUGAGAUUGUUUUUGGUCACAAACAGUGGUAGGUUGAUCUCCAUGUUGUGUUUUCAAAGAGUGUGUCCAGUCACUCAGAAAUUGCUCCUUUCUUGCCAUUUGUUGAAGAAAUUGUUAGUCAGUCACUUAGACUGAGCAAAUAUUUUGUUGAUCUUAGCCAUAUAUUUUAUUUUGUACUUGCAUUAUAUAGAACAAGAAGUUAAAAUAAGUCAUAAAUGACCUGUAUCAAACUGAUUAUGUAAGAAAACCAAUCCCUGAAGACAACACACAUAUUUAUGUUUCCAUUUGUACACACAAAAGUAUUCAGAAGUUUUAUUUCAAAUCUAAAAUAAUUUCCUUUUUUAAAAAUUGAUUUGUAUACUAUUUUUAUUUGUUUGGACCAUUGUUUCAGUCUUUUAUCUCAGUUCAUUUGUGUGUGCUGCUCCUGAUCUCAUUGUAAUGAUGACUGUGCUUCCUGGGUUUUCCUACCCACUGAGCGUGAGAGCAGACAGCUCCCGCAGGAGAUGUUUCUGUGAGUUACUAUAAGUUGCUGCGUUUGCAUGUGCCAUGCUGCGCACAAUUGUCGCCUCUCUCUCUCUCACCUUUGCCUCGUUCGCUCCCGGAGUUGAUUGUCAGCCACCUGGGCGACAGGUACGUGCUUGCUUACUCCCAUGAACAAAGCGCAGAUGUAGUAAACAAAAAUGAGUUCUUAGCAACCUGUAUUACGUACAUGUACGUGCACACGCACGCACCACACACACACACACACAGAGAGAGAGAGAGAGAGAGAGAGAAGGAUAGACAAACACACACUGCUCCACCCCAGAUCCCUUCCUUCCUUGACUGGCUGGGCUUGUUAGUGAUUACGCCCGUACCUGUUCACUAGCUCAGGGGUUGGGACACCUGUCAGACACACAGAGAAAGACUUUCCCUCCACUCACACCAGCCACACUCAGAGGGACACACUGUUACAGAUUCUCUGCUGAACUACUUGGACUUUGCUGGACAUAAAGUGAUAGCAGGGUGGCCUGUGAAGAAAACUGAAGAAAGAAGAGAAAGAGAAACCUCUAGAACAAGCAUGUCAAACGAGGGAGACAGAGCGACUGUGUUCCGUACCACCAAAGUGCGGACCAAGCUGAAAGGAGACGGCAGCUGGCUGCAGCCCCGCAGUGAACCUCAGGCUGAAACCGAGGAGGUGAAACCCUGGUUAGCAGAAGUCAGAGCAGGCCGCCUGAACGGAGCCCCUGUUGAGGAGACCAGCCCAGUGUCUUCACCAACAAAACCCACUCUGGCCCCCAAACCUGACACUGAAAGGCCACCAACGUCAGGAUACCUGAUCAGAGGCGUUUUCACUAAACUAGAAAACAAUCCUGCAUCAUCUUCAACAUCUAACGGCUUUAGCGGAACAACACAAUUGAACAAAAAACCCUCAGAGAGCUACAAGAGAAUAGCCCCCCACACUGUGAGGCCCGCUUCAGAGAACCAGGAGGGCCAGCUUAGCCACGAGGAGCAAGAGAAACGGACGGAGGCAGCCAGCAGUGUUCUGAAGAAAUCUGCAGUCAAGCAACGGUCUUAUGUGCUUUCCGCUGCUAAGAAAUAUGAGUCUAAAGAAAAAGCACCUGACACCUCAUUGGUCAACAGCAGUGUAUCCUUCGUGGCUAAAAGGGUGGAGAUUAUUGAUGAUGAUGAGAGUGCUACGACUCCAGCACCUGCCAGCUCUCCAUCCCCCUCCCCCGUCGCCCCCGUCACAGCUGUUGCCUCGGCGCCUAAGCCCAAACCAAGGAAGAUAGCUGACAGCAGCGUGAAAACAGCUGCUGACGUGGCUGUUGAUGAGCCAGUGGCUCCAAAGGUGGAAGAGACCACGCCGGAGCCCGUGAAAGAGGACCCAGCCCCAGUGUCUGUUACAGAAAAAGACCCGUUUGAGGGCAUGAAACCAGGGUGCACUAAGGUGGCCACACCGCUCCCUGAACUUCGUCCCCGUGUGUGUUGA